AUGUCUGUUGGCUCUGUUUCUGAUAUUCAAUCACAAUUACUUUUGGAUGAGAUCCUCACCAAAUCAAAAGCUCAACCAGUAUACUUAAAUGAGGUAACAGUUGUUGGUGGAGAUAGUUUCAGUAAUGGGUUCUAUAAAGUGUUGUUGGCACCCUUAUUGAGCAAGAGUGACUAUACUUUAAGUCAAUUAAUGGAAUCCAUUGAAGCUUCAAGGACUGCUUUACAGAAAACCGAUGUAUUUCAAUCGGUGAAUGCGGUCAUUAGAUCUAAAGGUAAUGCCAUUCUUCCAAAGGUUCCCAAAUAUGGCAAUGAUGAUCCCAUUUCUGCUCUGGUUAUCAUAAACUUACAACCAAUUAAAUUGAAUUCCAAUGCAGGAUUUAUUCGGUUCAAUUCUCAAGACUACUUGAGUCUUGAUUUCAAUUAUGUCAAUAAUAAUUGUAACAAAAACGCUGAAAUGGUUGAUCUUGGUGUUAGUCUUACUCCUUACAAACCCAACAAUUCUAUGGUUUCUAAUGCCAAAUUUGUAUCUCAUUUAAACAAUCCUUCAAUCAGACUCUUGGUGGAUUCAUUCUAUGCCAAUCAAGAGAAUCAGGAAUGGCUUCAAAGUUCUGAGAAAUCAUGGGGCGGAAUAAUUGGGUUGUUAUAUAAAUUGCCCAACGCAAAUGCAUUGACAGGUGUUUCCUUCUCUGAAAGAACUAUUCAUGAUGUUCAAGAUACUGCUAGUGAUGUGGUUAAAAAGGCAGUUGGAGAUUAUACCAAAUUAUCAAUUGUAAAUCAGCUUUCAUACGCUAACAUUGAUUACAUCAAUAAUAAAACUAAAAACUUCCCUGCAAAUGGUGUGACUCUUGAUGUGAACAAAGAAAUUACGUUCAACCGUGAGCUCUACAGUUCUGACCAUAAUAAAGGGAACUUUGCCAAGGUCUCCGGAUCACUUAAUUUAUUCAAGUCAUUUUUCAACAAUGCCAUUACUGCCCAUGGAUCCGUUUCUGCAGGUUCAAUAUGGGGUAAUGGGCCAGUCCAUGUUUCAGAUCGUUUCUAUUUAGGUGGUUACAACUCCUUCAGAGGGUUUGCUAAGAAUGCAGUUAACCCAGAAGGUGGGGCACUGUUUUACAGUUUAGGAACCACCUUGUACACCAAAAUCCCCCAAAUCAUUAAGGGGACUCGUACCGCAAACAAUGACUUGCGUUUUUAUGUGUCAAGUGCUGUUGCUAAUAUUUCUGACAAUUGGGUUACCUCGAGUUCUCCAGAUGUUGUUACUUUCGGUCUGGGUAUUGCAUAUUUGAAUCCUUGGGCAAGUUUGGAUCUCGGAUACUAUAUAAGUAGCAGACUUGAUAAAUAUUCUGAAUCAACUAUUGGGAUUAGAGAUGGGUUCCAGUUUUCAGUUUCCAUUGGAGGUUCUAUUCUCCAAUGGAUCAAUUCAAGUUAA